GGGCGGCGCCUGCGUAUUGAAGCCGAGGGAGAGUGCGGGAGGUGAGAGUGGCGGGAGGAGUAAAGAUGGCGGUGCGGGGGUCUCCGCCUUCUGCUCCCAGCUGAAGCGCUCUAAGGGAGGCGACAGCGGCAACCGGAGCCACAACAGCAAUCUAGCGGUGGUAGUUUCGGCAGCAGCUGCCGAGGCCGGAGCAAUGGCGGAGCUGGAGCACCUGGGCGGGAAGCGGGCAGAGUCGGCGCGAAUGCGGCGAGCGGAGCAGCUUCGGCGCUGGCGGGGCUCGCUGACGGAGCAGGAGCCCGCGGAGCGACGGGGCGCGGGGCGACAGACGCGGCGCGGGAGCCCCAGGGUCCGCUUCGAGGACGGAGCUGUCUUCCUGGCCGCCUGCUCUAGCGGGGACACCGAUGAGGUGAAAAAGCUUCUGGCAAGAGGUGCCGAUAUCAACACGGUCAACGUGGACGGCUUGACAGCCCUGCACCAGGCCUGUAUUGAUGAAAAUUUGGACAUGGUGAAGUUUCUGGUGGAGAACAGAGCCAAUGUAAACCAGCAAGACAACGAGGGCUGGACACCCCUUCACGCAGCAGCUUCCUGUGGCUAUCUCAACAUAGCAGAGUAUUUCAUUAACCAUGGAGCCAGCGUGGGUAUUGUAAAUAGUGAAGGCGAAGUCCCCUCUGACCUUGCAGAAGAGCCAGCCAUGAAGGAUCUUCUUCUGGAGCAAGUAAAGAAGCAAGGAGUUGAUCUAGAGCAGUCAAGAAAAGAAGAAGAGCAACAGAUGUUGCAGGAUGCCCGCCAGUGGCUCAACAGUGGGAAAAUCGAGGAUGUGAGGCAGACCCGCUCAGGUGCUACAGCCCUCCAUGUGGCUGCUGCCAAGGGCUAUUCUGAAGUCCUCAGACUUCUGAUUCAGGCUGGCUAUGAACUCAAUGUUCAGGAUCAUGAUGGCUGGACUCCCCUCCAUGCUGCUGCACAUUGGGGAGUGAAGGAGGCCUGCUCCAUCCUGGCAGAAGCACUCUGUGACAUGGACAUUCGAAACAAACUGGGUCAGACACCAUUUGAUGUGGCUGAUGAGGGUCUUGUAGAGCACUUGGAGAUGCUCCAGAAGAAGCAGAAUGUGCUUCGAAGUGAGAAGGAGACACGGAAUAAACUUAUUGAAUCAGACCUGAGCAGCAAGUUGCAGAGUGGACUCUUUAAGAACAAAGAGAAGAUGCUCUAUGAGGAAGAGACACCCAAGUCCCAAGAAAUGGAGGAAGAAAACAAAGAAUCCAGCAGCUCCAGCUCAGAGGAGGAGGAGGAAGGUGAAGAUGAAGCUUCUGAGUCAGAAACUGAGAAAGAGGCAGAUACAAAGCCAGAAGCCAUUGUCAACCAUUCCAACUCUGAAAGCAAGAGUAGUAUCAUGGAGCAGAUACCAACACCAUCUCAGAAUACCUUCUCUGCCUCUUCUGCCAGGAGAUUCUCUGGCCUUUUUAACAAGCUGGAAGAGCCCAAAGAUGAAUCUCCUUGUUCGUGGAGAUUGGGACUCAGAAAAACUGGCAGCCACAACAUGCUGAGUGAGGUGGCCAAUUCCAGGGAAGCUGUAAGAGACCGAGGCUCUUCUAUCUACCGCUCCUCAUCAAGCCCUCGGAUUUCUGCUCUUCUGGACAACAAAGAUAAGGAGAGAGAAAACAAAAGCUAUAUUAGUUCACUAGCACCCCGGAGGCUCAACAGCACAGGUGACAGCGAAGAAAAGGAAAACAGAGAAUCAGCUGUUAAUCUAGUGAGGAGUGGCUCCUAUACCCGGCAGCUGUGGAGGAAUGAAGCUGAGGGGAGUGAAACCCCACAGACAAUUGCUCCUUCCUCCUAUGUAUCAACCUACCUGAACAGUGCUUCAUUUGGUAGAAGUAGUGACCCCACAAGUCCCUACAUUUCAUCCAAUCGCCAUUCAUCUCCUGCUACCUCACCCAUUGCCAUUGGUUCAUCUACCUCUCAGGGCAGCCAGUGGCAACAUGCCUCUUCUUGCCCUGCACCAAACAGUGCAAACACUACUGCAUCUGUACAUCAUGGCAGGACUCCUUACAAAUCCCAAGCUGACUCGACAGCAGAGAAAACAGCAGACAAUGUCUCUUCUAGCACCCCGCUCUGUGUGAUCACCAAUCGCCCUCCACCUAGCACUGGCAAUGGACUUACACCUGCCACUGUGCUCUCCUCUAUGGGAACAGACUCCUCUGUGGAAGCCAGGGAGAAAAGGAGGUCCUAUCUGACUCCUGUACGGGAUGAAGAAGCAGAGUCUUUACGGAAAGCACGUUCCAGACAAGCUCGGCAGACACGAAGGUCUACUCAAGGUGUUACCCUAACGGACCUUCAAGAAGCAGAAAGGACUUUCAGCCGGUCAAGGGCAGAGAGGCAAGCACAGGAGCAGCCUAGCGAAAAGCCUGUAGACACUGAAGGGCUUGAGGGGAGCACUAAGAAGCAUGAGCCCUCAACAGUCCCAGCAAAGGAAGCUGAAGAGAGCCAACAGUCCUGGGGCAGGAGUCUGGAUGAAGAGUCUGUCUAUCGUCGCCUGAGGUGUCCAACUCAGCCAGACAAACCCACAACACCAGUGUCUCCUUCUGCAUCAAGAUCCUCCCUCUACACCAGUUCGUAUCUGCUGCGGACAGGUAGAUCUUCAGUCCCUGAUUCUGAGAGUUCAGAAACUACCACAAACACUGCAACUGCAAAGGAAAUGGACAACAAUGAGAGGGAAGAAGCAGAGUUGGAUGAUCAGUCCUCUAAUAGGCUGUCCAUUCGAGAAAGGAGGCGACUCAGGGAACGGCGAAGAGGCACAGGCAUCAAUUUCUGGACAAAGGAUGAGGAUGAAACUGAUGUCUCCGAAGAGGUCAAAAAAGCAUGGCAUGAAAGACUUUCUAGGUUGGAAUCAGGAGGUAGUAACCCUACAACCAGCGAUUCUUAUGGUGACCGGGCUUCAGCAAGAGCCCGUCGGGAGGCCCGGGAGGCCCGUCUAGCCACCCUGACCAGCCGUGUGGAAGAGGACAGCAACAGGGAUUAUAAAAAACUCUAUGAGGGUGCCCUGACCGAAAACCAAAAACUGAAAACAAAACUUCAGGAGGCCCAGCUAGAGCUAGCAGAUGUAAAAUCCAAGCUUGAGAAGAUGGCCCAGCAGAAACAAGAGAAGACCUCUGACCGAUCAUCAAUGCUGGAGAUGGAGAAACGGGAGAAGCGAGCCUUGGAGCGGAAAAUGUCAGAAAUGGAGGAAGAGAUGAAGGUGUUAACAGAACUGAAAUCUGACAACCAAAGGCUGAAAGAUGAAAAUGGUGCCCUCAUCAGAGUCAUCAGCAAACUGUCCAAAUAGACUAGGCUCCAGAUUUAGGAGGGAGGGAACAGCAUUUGCUGCCCUAGCCCUCUUUUCCAGCCAUUGCCUUCCAGCCAAAGGAAGUGAAUGUUUUGGUGGAAGGACACUUCUUUCUGAUCCGCUUCAGUCACCUCUUCUGCACUGUACGUCUCCACACUCUCAAUGCCCUGUUCCUCCCACACCCCUAUCCCGAGUUUUAUGACCGUUUUAAUUGAAGCAUGAUUGCGAUCAUUUGAACCAUCUGCAGAAGGCCUUGGGGGAGUCCACAAGACUCAGCUGUGGAUCCCCCAACUUCCUGCUGUUCAGUUACUCUGUCCACACUGGGUUUGGUCCAAACAUGUAACGUACCUAAACCAGAGUCCCACAGCCUUUUAUACUGACCUGGUACCCUCUUAUAUAGGUGAGUCUUAUAGUGGCCAGUCCAGGAUCCUGUCUGGGGUGCCAAGAGAAAUAGCAGGGUGUUGAACUAAUCAUCUGACAGCCUCUGGAACUGUGUUUCUGAUAGAGUCCAAGGUGACAGUGACUCUGCAUUGAAGCUCUCUAUUCUUCUUCACCUCUCAGGAACUGAAUUUUUUUUUUUUUUCUGUCAACAACCCAGUAACAUCCCUGAUGAGUCUUAACCCUUAUUCCUUCCUCCUUCAUGCCUAGCCCUUCCUCCAAAACUCAAAUGGCCCUGGCUUCAUUUAUUCCUUUCUGUCCUUUUUUCCUUCUCCUCCCUCAUUCCCUCACUGAUGGUGUAAAAGCUAGAACAGAGAGCACCUGAGCUCAGUUGUCUUUGGCCAUUAUGGAAAAUUAUUACUCUGGGGACUAGAAAAUCAUCCCUCUGUUGCCUCAGAGGUGGCACCACCAGCCCUCUCUCUAAAAAGCCAUAGCAUGGCAUAAGUGUCAGUCCAUUGUUCUCAUAUCCCCCUUGUCUUCCUUCCCCUUGCAAGGUGAUUUUAUUAGAAAUUCUGGGCUCUGAAUACCCCAUUCUGCCUCACCUCCCUUUGUCCUUGUUUUCCUGUCCUCAUUGUGGCACCUACUAAUGAGAAAUGAAGUCAUAGCGAGGAAGCAUGAGAGGUGGGGAAGGUAGAUUGUUGGGAGAUGGACUAGGGCAUGGAAGCAGGCUGGAAAGACAUACAUGACAAAGGUAGAGUAUCUGAGGACACUCGCAACGUUGUGACAAAGAAGACAGAAGAUAUCGCCCAUUGUGCUGUGAGAAUUGUGGUGAACUUGAUUAUUUCUAGUGGUUAUAUUCAGGGGAGAAUGAUUUGCUUUCCUAGAAGCUAAUGGGAGAAAUGACUGCGUAAUAGAGGUUUAAAGGGAUGAGGUACUUUCAACCCACUGAUGGGAGUCAUGGAUUUUAGAGUGGCAAAGCCAGAGGUCAUUCGGUCCAGCUUUCUAUUGUGUCAUAGGGACGCCUGCUACCACAGCUCUGACCUGUGGUCAGAUAGCCUCUGGUGGUCCUGCAUUUAUUACUCAAAGGUUGGGCAAUUCUGAUAAACCAGAGAGUUUUUUCCUAAUAUGAACUGAAGUCUGCCUGUGGAUUCUCCCUGUACAGCGCUCUGCCCUUCAGAUAUAUACUUGGUCAUCUCCCCUUAAUCUUACUUCGAGCUGAUGUUUCCCUAGUCCUUUCAGUCAUUUCUUACAUGGCAUGCUUUUUGUGCCUGUCACAUCUUGGCCAUCUUCUCAUAGACGAAAAAAACCUUUUAAAAUAUGCCCUAAAUAAAUAAAUAAAUUUUAAAAAUAUCAUGCCCAGACCUGGACAGAAUACUCCACAAGUCCAGCACAAAAUUAAACUAUUAGUUCUUGAUGAUGACACAAUAUUAAUACUUACAGUAUUUGCUUUUUGUAUCCCAUGGUUCAUUUUAAGAUUGGUGGUGAUAUUCAGUACUUAGAGGGGCUCAUUCUCUUAACAUAUUCCACCUCUGUCAAUUUCUUUCCUGAAAAUGGCUGUAUAGUUCUCCAUGGCCCUCUGAAACAUCACUUGCUGUUUAAACUAGAAGCUAUAAUUCAAGAUCCCAAUUCCAGAACGGAAGAUAUGUCUCCUCUGGCAAAAUCUCAGUUUUAGAGUAUGCAAAAUUCUUCCUUCCAUAUCCAACAGUUUUCCAAGAGGAGCUACUUACUGUCUUGGAACGUUGUAUUACCCUGGGAGCACCAGGAGUUCAGUUCUCAUGGAAUGCUAAAUUAGAGUAAGAGGUUUCCUAUCUUCCACUAUAAGCAUAUCCUUCAUUCUAGGGAGAGGAAAUCAACACAAGGUGUUGACUAAUUGAUUCUCCCGACACAUCUUGGACUCUUUCUUAGGAAAAGAAAAUUGGAUUAUUAGGAAAACAUCUUGACCCUCUUCCAUUUGGUAGACCAGGUAAAGGGAUUAGAGUUUCCUCAGAUCUGUUUGUACCUUUCAAAAUGUUAGGCAGGUCCUCAAAACUCUUAGACUGGUGUCAUGCCCCUGCUGCUCCACCUGGCCCUUUCAUGUUAAAGGUGCCUUUUCUUGCCAGUAAGUUUCCCUUUUGACAAGAAAUUUACAAGCUUUUCAAUCUCAGGUAUACUCGAUGCUAUGGCCAAGAACUCAUGAAAAUGUAAACCUUCAUAGGUAAUCUCAGGCACUUUCUCUUAUGCAAUUAAUUUUAUUAUUGAACAGAUAAACUCUGAAUUCUGGUCUCUCUCCAGAGAAUAAAAUACCACUUCUUCACAACAGUAUUGACCGGAAGUCCCAUGACGUGAUGGUUAUAGGCCUUCUACUAGCCACCUGUUCUCUCUGGGUGCUGGCAUCAGGUCUCCCUUCUCUUGUGCUGCUUGGCCAGUUACCUGCUGUUGGUCUCUUCAGUGGCCAGAACCUCUGGUCCUCACCUGCUGGUUUGGAUACUCACAAGCACCCAGGUAGCUAAAACUGAAUGAACAGCUACAGGUUGGCUAGUGAUGUGGGGCUCAGGUCUGUCACUUUGGAGUCUUUACAUGAAAUAUCAGAAUGGGGAAGAGAACAUUCUCAGUACAGCUUUACACCCUCUGUUCUCAUUAAUUUGAUAUUUUCCAAAAACCAAGCCACACCUUUAAGAGUAAUGAUUUGGCCAUUCCAGAGACUUUCUGGCUGAAGUUCUUAACCUGUUUGUCUUUCACGGGAUGUUGAUCCUUUUCCAGAUAGUUCCAGGGUAUGAUGACUCCUAGCCCAUCCCAGUCUCUAGUGUAAGGGUUAUGCAAAUCUCCGGGUGUUGCCUCUAAAGAAUCUGAAGAAUACACAGACCUUGGGCUUACUGAGUACGCUAAAUCCUCUACUGGGCCAGUCUCAUUUGAUGUUUCCUAGAACCUCCCUUCUUUUUCUGUCCAACUGCGGGAUGUGUUUGCUUUCUCUUCCUGGCUUUCCCUGGUUUCUAUCCUAGCUCCCAUCCCUUGUUUAAGGAAGUUCCUGGUCAAAUCUAUGCCCAAUCAUAACUACAAAUCUUGGUCACCAUACUGAUUUUUAAGGCAGGUUCCAACCCUUCAGAUGAUGUGAGUUCCUCUGACCCAAUAAACAAGGCAGGUUUGAGGGCAGAAUAAGGCGAUGUGAAAGGAUGAGAUGCUAGGAGUCAAAACAUCGGGAGUCCAGGGGCAGCCCUUCUGCUUACUAGCCACGUGACCUUGGGGAGCCACCUUCCCUGUCUGAAAUGAGGUUGGGCUGGAUGAUCUUUAAGAUCCCUUGGGCUUAAAAUUCUGUGAUUUAUUCAUUCUUAGGAAGAUCAGAACAUUUCUUAAACUCUGAAUUUCUGCUUCAAAAUUUCUUUCUACUUCACAAUUCAAUAACAAAAAUUUUUGUUUUCUUCCGGAUUCAAACUGUUUAACAUCAGCGUGCCAAGGUUGACUUCUCAUACUCGUUGGAAAGUGAAUUUAAUACUAUUAAGGGUAAUUGAAUGGUGUUGCAAUUGCUUCCUCUCCUAAUGGCUUGGGAAGAAUAUUAAAACCUGCAGAGGUGGAAAUUGGAGCUCCCGGGAAAAUGGAUAAAAAGCAAUUUGUUGCAGGCAGCCUUUGAACAAAUUGUUUUAAUAGGAAAUAGAGCUGCUGCUUUGUACAUUUCCUCAGCCACCUUUCUGUUUUCUUGAAUGUGAUCUACAUUGGCUCUUAACACCCAAACAGCAGACUAAUUGCAUUUCUGCUUAGCACCAGCUGGUUCAUAGUGUUGAACUCUGCCUUACAGCAGCAAGAGACUUUUAUGCAAUAAAAACCUCAAUCUAUAGUACCAUUGAGCUCCUCCUCUGGAUUCUGGACUAUCAGAAGUAGGAGGUUCCAGUGCUGUUCAAAAUGGUAUUUGCUUUCAUGUAGAUCUGCAGAGGAGACUACCAAAGCAGUAAGCGUUUACAAACCCAGAGUCCACACAUCCCCACCGCAUAAAACUUGACUUGGAUCUCGCAAGAUACCUGCAGGACUGGGUGUGAGUGAAGUGAAAGGGCAGAGACUCUGGAAGUGGAGGUGGCCUGUGUGCUGUGGUGGGAAGAAGGCAGAAGGUUAGGGGCCUUGGACGUAGAGUAGUAUGGAGGCAGCAAGCACUGGGAGGAAAUGAGCUUCCCAGAAGCAAAGUUUCGGCCCACGGAAAUGACUUCUGUCUCAUUGGUGACUUCAUCCCACAGCCUCCAGCUGAGCAGAGAUUUCAAUCAGCUUCCCUAAUGAGUAUUGACACUGCUCAGGAGCAGUAGACCCUAUCAGAGACAGCUAUUGAUCGCUUGUGUUCUGAUUAGAUUGGAAAAUAGAUCAACUUCAUUGCAGCCCAGGAACUGUUAUUGUCACAGCUACUAGAGAAUGAGGUCCCUUGAGGGCUGAGAAAAAAACAAGUAGAGAAUCCUUACUAGCCAGCCAGUGGCCACAUGGUAAAAGAUGCAUUUACUUCUCCUUUGAGAGCUGUGGUUGAUGAGCCCAAACAGAACCUCAUGAGUAUGGCUUGCAACCCAGUGUCCCAGAAGCCUCUCCUUGGGAAGAACUGUAAGUAAGAGGUGAGUGUGUCUAAAGACAAGACACCAUUGAUGAAAGUUCUAGCCCCACCUAAAAAGGUUUAACAAUUUGGGGAUUACUCUUGCUUCUAGCUUAUGUGCAUAUGCAUGCACAGAGCUUUCAAAAUUAGGUCUGGAAUAUUCUUGGUUAGAAGUGAGAACUCAGAAACCCAUUUUUUCCAAGUGUAUUACUCUAUUAAUUUAUAUCUUUUACUUUUCUCCUUCCCUUCCUGUCUCCCACAGGACUUCUUUCUGAGCCAUUCCCCUAUUUAUCUGCUUAUCAUUUUGGACUAUGAAUCUGCCAGUGACAUUUUCUGUUAUUUCUCCUCCAAACUUUUCCCUAAUGCUUCCAAUAAAAUUUUACUUGGGUGGCCCCUUAAGGUGACACCAGGAUGCUCUUCUGUCCUUCCAAAGUAAAGAUACCCUUCACCCUUCCUCUCCCUCUCACUUCCCUCCACAUUCUUUAUUCCUUGCUUUCUCAUUUGAAGCUGUUGGUGCUUUAGAAAGGAGGUUUUCCAUGAAUCAGCCAAGAUUCCUGGAGGAGUUUUAUACACCAGCAACCACCCCCACCACUCCCUUCCAGUUUCAAAACCUCCUGGGUGUGCUGAUGCUACUCAGAGAUGAGGUUUGACUUGUAAGCCUGUAUGCUCCUCCAUAGGCCGAAGAGACCAUGGAUAGCUAUGUCUGGUUUACUCUGUCUUUGUCCUGAGAGGUUGGACUGUUCCCAGCUUAGGACAAGUGUCUUCUCAGCACAAACCUGAACAGUGUGUCAGUGCAUCUGGUGGCAGCAGCUCAACCCAUUCCUGCCUUGCAAGAGAGAGGAUUCAGGAAAGAUGUGCUGAUGGUGGGAGCUUCUUAAAAGCUUCUAAUGUUCUCACAAAACCAGAGUUAGAGGUCAGAGUGCCGAUCCUGAACAAGGGACAUGCUAGGUUCGGCACUGACUCACUUCUCACCUGAGUAUCUCUGCCUUGGCCCGUUCUCUCUCCCACUCUACUGAAACUAAGAACAAGUUCCAGCUUUGUCCUCCGGUGAAAAGAAGCCAGGUUAAGAGGUCGGAGGAAAAAGGACAGGGGGAUGCAAGCUGCAGGGGUAGGACAGGUUCCUGAGAAGAUACAGCAAUCAAAAAUACCCCCUUUUCUAGCCCUUGAAAGGUUGGGCCUACCUCCUGCUGGCACCCCACGUAGGGCCAUGAUUUCCCUGAAGAGGGAAGGAAUAUGUUCCACCCUUGUAACCCUCUUCUUGGAUCCGAGCCCUUGACCUUGGUGUUACCAACACUGUUCUCUAACUGACCAGCCCUGAUGUAGCCUGUUCUUAAUUGAACGGUUCAGACUCGGGCUUUGGCUUUAUGGUGUUCCUCCCGUUAUUCUUGCCUCUGCCCUGACCUUGAUCAGACAGGGGUGAAAAGAGCUUAUAAGAACCACCUUGCUGUCUCCACGCCUUUCCCAUUUCAUUGGAAGCGUUUCAUUUCUUUGCUUCUGUGGCUCCUCGCUGUACUUCCACCACAGUUAAAGCACCAGAUGUAACCGUUUUUUCAGAUAAGUUGUAUGGAUUAACUUCAGUCCUUUGUAAAUACACCUGGGGUGGGGUGGGGGUGUUUCGGGAGGGGCAGCCAGACUUGCUUUGUGAACUGAAUGUAUUUUUAUGCAAUUUUGAGUGGCCUUUCAACCCUGAGAUUAAUGAUUUUGUUUUACUGGUUGUUGUUAUAUAGUAUUAAGUAUUCCGUAUUUGCAAGUUUGGAAAUAAUAAUAUUCACAUCUAUAUGAUACCUGUAAACACAACAGUAUUUAUAAAUGAGUAAAACUUGUUUUAACUUUGA